CGACUAACAGAGAUAAUUAAAAUACAUGCUGACAUGAGGCAUGCUAGUCGGAGUCAUGUGCCUGAAGACAAGAAGAUAAAGCUGAUAGACCGUAUUAGGGCAGAUUUUGUUCUUGAUUGGACUAGAGACAACCAUCGUGAGAUGAUUGUAAUGCAUUUGGCAGAUAAGUACAAUGCUUAUCAUUAUGUACUACAUAAAGUUUAUUUAAAAUAUGCAUCACAUCAAGAGGCCCUACGUGGUGGGACAGACAAGGUGGAGAAAUCUGUAUGGGAAAAGCUAUGUGAAUAUUGGGCAAGUGCAACAUUCAAGGAGAAGUCCAUGAGAAACAGUUCCAAUAGGCAAAAAUUGAAGGUUAAGCAUACCGGUGGGCGAAAAUCCUUUAUACGGAUUUUAGAGGAGAAGGUUUGUUAUUAAGCAAGGGGUAUAACAUAAUCAGCUAAUGAGUAAAGAAUUGAUAAACUUUUAACUUAGUUGUGUGUUUCAGCAGGAGACGGCACCAAAUAUGGUUGCCUUCUAUAGGGAAACACACUGGUCA